UUCAACUAACUCCAUUAUACUUCAUACAUAGUUUGCAUCAAACUCCAAAACUUCCUCACUUCCUCACUUCUUAAUUUGCAUCAAAUUUUACAAAACACAAUGGUAUACCAGAUUAAAUCCAUAGAUAAUGAGCAAGAAGAUCUUCAAUUCCUAAACUUUUUAGGCAUAUUCAAAGAAUCCUUCAAGAUUAUCUUAACAUGGCCUAAAAUCUUCAUCCAAAUAAUCCUUGCCUUUAUCCUUCCUCAAUCUUGCCUCUUUCUUGCCAAUAAUUGGAUCUCCAAACUUCUCUUUAGCAAGAUUAACCAUAACUUGUACACCUUACACACGAAUCGAGUUGGUUCUCCAACUUAUAACGAUAUUUCCAACUCUAUUUAUUCUGAAUGGGCUACUUUUUGGCUUAUAAAAACGGCCUACUUCAUAUUUUCCAUGAUACUGUCUCUACUUACCAUAUCUGCUGUCGUCUACACAGUUGCUUGCAUAUAUACAGGCAAAGAAAUCGCCUUUCGAAAGGUCAUUACCGUGGUUCCUAAGGUGUGGAAACGACUUAUGAUCACUUUUCUAUGCAACUUUUGCAUAAUGUUUGCAUACAUAUUUGUUCUUACCUUAAUUAUAAUCCUAUCCAUCAUGCUCUUUCACAAGCCAGGAUAUGAGAUUGAAGUAUGGUUUGCACUAAUACUUGUUAUCUAUGUUAUAUUAUUCAUUGUGGGAAUUUUCUACAUGACUAUGAUAUGGCAAUUGAGUAAUGUAAUUUCAGUAAUGGAGAAGAUAUGUGGAUUUAAAGCCUUGAAAAAGAGCAAGGAAUUAAUCAAGGGUAAAAUGGGAAUUGCCUUUGCUAUUCUUUUGGUCAUAAAUCUUUGUGUAAUUCCAACUAUGAUGUUGAUUGAUGAAUUACCUAGAUUUGGAAUAGUAGAGAGAUUUUGUUUUGGAAUUUUCAGUUUAGUAUUGUGGACUUUUUUUACCCUAUUUGGGCUUGUUGUCCAAACAGUGUUUUACUUGGUGUGCAAAUCUUAUCACCAUGAGAGUAUUGAUAAGACUUCAUUGGCUGAUCAUCUUGAUGUGUAUCUUGGUGAAUAUGUUCCAUUGAAAGAUGAAUCUAUACAGCUAGAGCGACUCCAUGUGUAACUUGAAGGAGUUAUCAGCGACUUACUUGAGGGUUGUAUUGUAUAACAUAAAUAUAUUUUUUUGGCUUAUACUUUCUGUGUUUCAAUUUAGAUGUUACUUAAAAGAUUGUGGAUAGUUUAUAAGGAAAGUAAAGAUGUGUAUCUUGGUGAAUAUGUUUCAUUGAAAGAUGAAUUUUAUACCGCUAGAGCGCCUCCAUGUGUAACUUAAAGGAGUUAUUAGCGAGUUAUUUGACGAUUAUAUUGUAUAAUAUAAAUAUAUUUUUUUGGCUUAUA